UGUGGGUCGUCAAUUUAAAAAAUGAACAGCUGUCCGUAUUAUUUUAAUAAUUAUUCCUGAUGCAUAAAAUAUAAUCAGAAAGUGUUUUAUGUGUCGUGUAAAGAAAUUACGUUGUUUUCGUAACCCAAGAUAUAACUUGUCGGACAUCGAUUAUCGAGGGACAUGUCAAUUCCACCAUUCGUUUGCAGCACUCCUCCACCGCCUGAACAGUGUGAGGAUGACAAAGAUCAUGAAGACUUUGAUAUAACAUACAGCCUAUCACAAGAAGAUGACGAUGACAGCACAGAUUAUAAUAAUUAUGGAAACUAUUCCUCUUAUAAUAUUUACCAAAAUACAUCAGAAACUGUUAAGAAAGAAGAGUGGAAUACAAAUUUAAGCAACAAAUCUGAAAGCACAUGUGAAACGAAAAUAAAACCAGAAGAAAUAUUGAAUGCUGUCAAUUUUAUUACUAACAAUGAAAUAGUUGAUGAAACUAUACCAAAAUUUGAAGACAUGGUUGUUGAAGAUCUAAAUUUGAUAGUUGACAAGGAUAUUGUACAUUCCACUGACAUGGUAUCUAAAGAAUUUGAAACUGAAGUUGAUGAUGAGAUUGAGUGUUCAAACAAGCAGGCGAGAAUACAAGAUGAAGGUGGUACAAAAAUUACUGCUAAUGUUAACAUAGAAUCACAUGUUUCUUCAAACAUUCCAGAAAGUAUUGAUUUCUCAGAUCGAAGUGAAAACUUUCAAAUUGAUACUGUUGAAAAUGUGAAUGUUACAAAUGAUGUACUCCAAAUUUCUUCAGUGAAUGAAUUACCUGGUGACAAGAAAAGUGAAAAUGAAGAGAAUAUUUUUACAGGUGAAGUUGUUAACACAUUUUUAGAACACCCCAAACCUUUGGAUCAGGAGGUGAUUGCUGUGAUAGACGAAUCUCCUACAGAUGAUGACUUUGGAGAUUUUGAAGACUUUCAAUUUACUUCAACUUCUGAAAACAGUCAACCUUUGAAUGUAAAUAGUGAAAAUCCAUGGGAAAGUGAUUGUAUUGAAGGUCCAAUGUUUGGGGAUUUCACUGCUAAUUUUGAUAAUGAUACCAAGCCAGUAGUUGAAAGAGAAGCCAAAGAACUGGAAGAAUUGAAAACUGACACAUCUCCCAAAGAAGAUGAAGAUGAUGAUUUUGGUGACUUUGAUGAUUUCAGAUCGUCUGACAAAACAGAAAGUGUUGUAGACACAAAUGAAGUAACAUCUACACCAGAUGUCACUUUAUGGAAUCUUAGUUCUCCUGACAAUGACCCACAAAUUGUAGACAGUAUAAAUAGUGUGUUGGUUCCUAUAUUUGUUGAUGAAAUACCUUCACCUGUAAAUGAAUUAUGUGGAAUGUUAGAGUCAUUUUUAGGAGAAACAUGGGGUCAUAUGGUUGAUAUUGAAGUGAGACAACCAUAUAUGGUUAGUUGGAAUAACUCACUAGGACAAAAAACUCUUCUUAAAGCGCUGUGUAUUGAUUCUAGAAAUAUAUUAUUUGGGCCAAAAUGGAACUACAAUAUGCCGAAGUAUGCAACCAAUCUCACUGCCGCCCCUCUGCAGCCCCAAAAGCAAAUCGCCCCGUCUACUAGUUCAAGUGAUACAGUGGAAAGAGUUAUUAACAAAGAAGCAGGUGCUUGGGUGGAUCCAUUUACUCCAGAUGGACAACAAUCAUGCAAUACAGAAAACAAAAGUAUGGCAACCGAGACAGCAACUAGACCCACUGACUUAGAGGUGUUUGAAAGUGAUACCUCAGCUAAAAUGAGUAAAAUUUACUCGAGCACUAUGAAUGUGCAACCAUUGAGACAUAUCAAUUUACCGGACACGCAUAUAUUUACGCCUACCGAUUCUGAAACGCCGAGGUCCAAAACUAUACACUAUGAUAGCGGCCCAUCUGGUCUGAUCCCCCAACCGGUUCUAGAAAGUAGCAAAAACAAAACGGAAAUUUUGCCCUCCCAAUUAAAUGAGAAUGUUGAUAAAGAAUAUUGGGAUUUUCAAGACUUUAAGGGAGCUAAUACAACCGUUUCGCCAAAUAACACCACACAAACGACUGAGGAGUCUUCCUUCAAUACCACUGACAAUAUUCUACCAAAGUCCAGUACAACAUAUCAGACGCAGAUAUUGCAGCCUAUUAAAUUAGAUCCAAUCAUACCUACGUUAAAUUGGCCAGAUCCGGGUGAAGUCAAGGAGACUUUUGAUGAUUUUUCGGAUUUCAUAUCAAGCACUUCUUGGAAUAACGAUAAAGAUAAUCAAGCCGGUACUUUUGAUACGAGAAAAGAUGUUCAAACAAAACAACCUACAGAAGUGACAACUGAAAAUGUCGAUGACGAUUUCGAAACAUUCCAAUCCGCACCAGCUGGAACGUCAGCAAUGAAUUUCAGUUUAAAUACAAUUGUUGGAUCUCAAAUUUCUUUGCAAGAUAAUCUCACAACAAAAACAAUGGACAACUGUGAUAAUCCACUUAACAUGGAAAGUCAGACUUCUUUAAAACCCAAUUUAAAUUUAGAAAAUCAAAGUUCCUCUAUGUCAAAUAAUGUUCCGAUCAUUCAAGACUUCAGCUUCCCACAAGCCCCUCCAAUACAAAGCAUCAGUACUGAGAUAUUACAACCGACUACCAGCAACAGUGGAAUGAGUCGUCAACACAAAUCAGAUCAAAUAUUACAACCUCUAUCGUUGGAAAGUUACUCGCAAAUCAAUUGGCCGAAUCCUGGCAUCGAUUUGCAAGAUUUGUCGAGAUUCAAUCCAAUUAAUAGUCUCCAUUCAUUGAAAAGUGACUCGAGUACUGGAAAUAGUAAAAACUCGUCCCCUGCCCAUAACUCGGGCAGUGUGUCCAACCAACCGACUGACGAUGACAUUUGGGGAGACUUCGUAUCGAGUGCUCCUAAACAGCAUCCGACUCCUAAGAAAACAUUCGCAGAUGAUGACGAAUGGACAGACUUUGUAUCGAGUCCGAGUAUGAAACCCCAAAACGGCCUGAAUACUAUUAGCUUUAAUGUCCAUACUAAUUUGAGUAUGCAAAAAACUUCUGGUCAAAAUAAUUUUGCGCCCAGAAGCAAUCAGAUGCCCCUCGACAUUCCCACGUUGAAUUAUAUUACGCCAAAGUCCAGUAAUCGUGGUUUAUAUUCUGAAAAGCAUUUACAAAAUUUAUAACAGUACCUACUGUAAUUAUUUUCUAUAAUAUACUAAAUAUUGUAAUGUACUUAAUAUAGAUUUAAGCUUUAUGUAAAUAGUGUGGUGGUGGUAAUGUCAAUAUUAUUAGGUUAGAACAACAAUGUUAAAUAAAUUAUUUUCGAGUAUAUUAGGGUGCAUUCAAAUUAGCCGUCAUAUGCCUCGAUCUCAAAAUCUUUACAAAAUCAAAUUGUAAAACUUCACAUUAAUAGAUUCCAAACAUCGAUCUCCUAUUAAAAAGUGGAUGCACAAUCAGCGACCAAAAAAUGUUCGCACUCAUUGAGUGCCAAACACAACUUGGCACUCAAUUCAAGUAGUCGCAUUUGCAAAUUCAACCUCAAACUCAAUCCUUAAGACUGAAUUUGGGAUUUUAUUGAAUAUUGGUCUAUAUUUAAAGGCUAUUGGGUUGGGUAUAAUUUUCUUUACCAAUAAUUCUAAAACUGUCAAAGCAAAAUUGGCCAGUUUUUAAGUGAAAUUUUCUACUCGAUCGUGCGUCCUUUUAUUAUAAGAGGUCAAUGAUUCCAAAUGAUGAAACUUACUGCACUGUAAACCGAAGCAAUUUCAUGACCCAAUAUUUACUGCUAGAAAAUAUUGUAAGUAUUAUGGUCUAAGAUCCAGCAUUAGAAAUAUAUACCCUCCUUUGUUAAUGAUUAGUGAUAAGAAAUAAAAGAUAGAUAAUUUACACAGUGAUACAUUGCAAAUAGGUUGUUUAGUUAAAUUGUGUCCAAACUCAUUUUUCAUACAAAAUUUAUGAACUAGAUCAAAGGCAACAUAAUGGGGUAAAUUAAGCCUAAAAUAGCUUUCAUUUGACAUUAUACAACAAUAACUGAUGAGGGUAUUUAAAUAACAUUACUUAACUGUUUUUAACUGGCAACCUCACAAUGGCAGUGUGCAGGCUACCUUUACUUUUUCAAUUCUUCUGGGUAUAUUCUGUUAAUUAGAGUACGAUUUUUUUAAUUAACCAAGGAGGGAAGGAGAUUAAAUAAAUUAAUCAUUUAAUACAGUUCGUCCGAAAUUUAACAAGGCAACCUAUGUGCAAUGUGCCAAUGUGAAUAUUUUCCAUCAUUUAUUUCUUAUCCCAAUUAAAUAACAGAUGAGGGUAUAUAUUUCUUAUACCGGAUCUCGUAUUACCUACCUAAUAACUCUUCACACACAAGUUGUUGCACUCAUCAUAAAUAGUCACAGAUUCUGGAUUACAGAACAAAGUUACGAAGACUGAAAAACUGCCAUUCGUGAAUCAAAUGAACUCUAAACAGCCCGCAUAAGGGCUCACCGUAUGUAUCUGACUAUUAAAAAUCGCCCGCUCAGAGAUUGCGUUUCUGUCAGGUCGUGUGAAUGGGACGAACAUAUUCAAUUACAAUCGCCUCGUUUUUUGUCUCUCACUCUCAUAUGGUA